GAUUGGGUUAAUUUUUAUCAAGUCAGGGGAGGAGGAGCUCUCUCCUGAGAACCUUUACAAGGGGCAAUAUCGUCUUGGAAAGAGGAAAUAUUUUUCAUUUUUUUUUCUUUCCAUUUAGUUUAUAGCCCCUUUCUUGCUUGGCUUCAAGGCUUCAUAUAAUUUCUUUCUUGCUUGCUUGAGAUGGAUCAUCUAGGAGGAAACCUUGAGCCAACCACCAUUUGCCAUGUUAUGGCCUUACCAUUUCCAGGUCGUGGCCAUAUAAAUCCCAUGAUGAACCUUUGCAGGUCACUGGCUUCAAAAAGACCUGAUAUUCUUAUAACAUUUGUUGUCACUGAAGAGUGGCUGGGCUUGAUAGGCUCGGAGCCAAAACCUGACAACAUAAGCUUUGGCACCAUUCCCAACGUGCUCACUUCUGAGAGAGCUCGAGCUGGGAAAUUCCCUGCCUUCUUCCAAGAGGUUUUGACCAAGAUGGAAGCGCCGGUCGAGAGGCUCCUUGGUCAGCUUAAGCCACCAGUGAGCACCAUCGUAGCGGACACGUAUUUGAUGUGGGCUUUUGAGAUGGCAAAUCGCAACAAUAUUCCGGUGGCCUCGCUGUGGACAAUGUCGGUGCCGGUGUAUUCCGUGUUUCAGCAUUUCGAUCUCCUUGUCCAAAAUGGACAUUUCCCAAUUGAGUUGAAAGAAAGAGGAGAGGAACUAGUGGAAUAUAUACCAGGGAUUUCUUCAACGCGUGUCGUGGACCUUCCAACGUGUGUGUAUGGGCAUGGACGAGAUAUCUUGCAUCGAGGAUUCGAAGCCAUUGCAAGUGUGUCCAAGGCACAGUUUCUUCUACUCUGCUCAGUCUACGAGCUUGAAUCUCAGGCGAUCGAUGCUUUAAAAGCAAGCAUUUCAUUACCUAUCUAUCACAUUGGUCCUACCAUACCUUACUUCAAACUAGAGCAAGAAGAGAUUGUUACAGGUCCAGGUGAGACGACUAACUAUUUCCGAUGGCUCGACAUGCAACCGAGAGGAUCUGUCUUGUAUGUUUCUCAGGGCAGUACUCAUUCAGCUCCAAGUGCCCAAUUGGAUGAGAUUGCUGCUGGCUUGCGCGAUAGUGGUGUUAGGUACUUGUGGGUGGCAAGGGCAGAAGCUUCUUUGUUCAAAGAGGGUCGUGGUGACAUGGGUUUGGUAGUGCCAUGGUGUGACCAAUUAAGAGUAUUGUGCCAUCCUUCUCUUGGGGGGUUCUGGUCACAUUGUGGAUGGGGUUCUACCUCAGAAGCUGCUUUUGCUGGUAUUCCAUUGCUUACCUUCCCUUUAUACUGGGAUCAAGCCCCGAAUAGUAAGGUAAUUGUUGAUGAUUGGAAGAUUGGUUGGAGAGUAAAGAGUGGAUUGGAUGUGGACAAGUUGAUAAAAAGAGAUGAAAUUGCAGGGCUCGUAAAAAGGUUUAUGGAUUCGGAAAGCGAUGAGGUGAAAGAAAUGAGGAGAAGAGCAAGAGAAAUUAGUGAGAUUUGUCGACGAGCCAUUCGGAAAGGUGGAUCAUCUGAUACCAGUAUCGAUGCCUUUAUUGAUGACAUCCUGCAACACCACAAGAAUUAAGCUGAUAACUGAUCAAUGAUAUUUCUGCUAUUGUCAAUGUUCUUGCAUUGAUUCCCUAGCUUUUGUACUCAGUGCUCUUGUAUCUGACGUUUCAUGAUUACAAAAAAACUUGAUCUUUCCAUUAGAAAAACAAGCAGAUCACUGAGAUUUCUCCGAGUCCUAAGGCUACUUGAAGCUUGUACGUUAUAAUAUCUGGUUUGCAAGAGGUUUCAGGAGAACGCAAAUAUUUUUUUUGUUGUGACUAAACUAGUAUCAGUUCUUCCCGUCAA